GGAUCCGCCGUCAAGCUUAUCUCGGGAUGCACACUUGAUCUUUUAAAAGCAUUCUCCUCACUAAUGUCUUUACGUCAUAUAGCAGAUUCUCAGCAAUAUGUGCGUCCGCGAUAGAUCUACGUCAUCAGCUGUGUUUCCCUCAGCAGCAUCAGUUUGCCAUAUUUUCUGACAGAAGCGCCGCCUCUUCUCUCCUCUCCUCCGCUCUCCUCUCCGUGACCGCAGAUUUGACUCCUCGCUCGUGUUGCAUCCCUGCAUGUGAACCUGGGAACGCGCGGGUGUAAAGAAGGUGUCGCGCGCGCGAACAGACAGCAGUGCUCGUGACCGCGCAACAUGACCGAGCUGGUGGUGCGGACUCUUCCGUCUCCUUCAGGUGUCCAGGGUCCCGGUCCGGACACUUAUAAAGGAUGGCUCUUUAAAUGGACCAACUACCUGAAGGGGUACCAGCGCCGGUGGUUCGUGCUGAGCAACGGCCUCCUGUCCUACUACAGGACUCAAGCGGAGAUGGCACACACCUGCCGUGGCACAAUUACCUUGGCGACGGUGCACAUAGAAGUAGGCGACACCUGUCACUUUGUGUUGACGAGUGGUGGGCGGAGCUACCACCUCAAGGCCUAUUCAGAGGGCGAGUGCCAGCGCUGGGUUUCAGCUCUGCAACAGGCCAAAGCAACUGCCACCCAUAUGAUGCCCCAUUCAGAUGACUCAGGGGAUGAGGGUCCUCUAGCCCAGCCGGACCGUGCUCUGAUCCAGGGGGCGCUCAAGACUCUGGUCAGCAAGCUUGAGGACCUCAGCACCUGCAACGAGCUGAUAGGGAAGCACGGUGCAGCUCUCCAGCGCUCCCUCAGUGAACUUGAGGACCUGCGUGCUCCCACCGACGGCACCGAUAAACUGAAAACAGUUAACGAGAGGGCCACACUCUUCCGCAUCACUUCCAAUGCUAUGAUCAAUGCCUGUCAGGACUUUGUGGAUCUAGCGGAGGCACACAGCCGGCGGUGGCAGCGUGCAUUGCAGUAUGAGAGGGAACAGCGCCACCACCUGGAGGAGACCAUUGAGCAGCUAGCCAAACAGCACAACAGUCUGGAGAGAGCCUGGAGAGAGUCACCCAGCACACACAAUCAAGCAGCAGAGGGAACACCGGAGGGAGAAUCCAGUGAAGAGAAUGAAGACAUAGAGUUCUUUGAUGCCAUGGAAGAUUCUCCAGCCUUCAUCACAGUGCCUGCGGACAAUCACUCACAGCACAGACUCUUGAGCAGUAACCAGAGCGUGACCAGUGGAAGUUUAUCUAGUAACUGGAGCCAGGACGACAAUGAUGGUUCUGGUAGUUACCUGCGCCGAGGAAGACGCCACCGCAUCCCGGAUAAACCAAACUACUCUCUCAACCUGUGGAGCAUCAUGAAGAACUGCAUUGGCAAAGAGCUCUCCAAAAUACCCAUGCCUGUGAACUUCAACGAGCCGCUGUCAAUGCUGCAGCGUUUGACAGAGGAUCUGGAGUACAGUGAGCUGCUGGACCGAGCGGCACGCUGCGAAUCGUCUUUAGAGCAGAUGUGUUUAGUGGCUGCUUUCUCUGUCUCAUCCUAUUCAACCACCAUCCACCGCACCGGGAAGCCCUUCAACCCUCUGCUGGGAGAGACCUAUGAGCUGGACCGGCUGGAGGAGUACGGAUACCGCUCCAUCUGUGAACAGAUCAGUCAUCAUCCUCCAGCAGCGGCACAUCACGUCAUUUCACAGCGAGGCUGGACUCUGUGGCAGGAAAUCACCAUUGACAGCAAAUUUCGUGGCAAAUAUAUCUCCAUCAUGCCAUUAGGCAACAUUCACCUUAAGUUCCACACCAGUGGGAAUCAUUAUGUGUGGAGCAAGGUGACCUCCACCGUGCACAAUAUUAUUGUGGGCAAGCUAUGGAUUGAUCAAUCUGGAGACAUUAUAAUAGUGAACCACCGGAGCAAGGACACAUGCCACCUCAAAUUCUCCCCCUACAGCUAUUUUUCCAGAGAUGUUCCCCGCAAGGUCACAGGCGUUGUGACGGACGGUGAAGGCAGCGCACACUACAUUCUCUCUGGAACGUGGGAUGACAAAAUGGAGAGUGCAAAGAUCAUAGAGAGCAGCCAUGGCUGCGGAGGAUCUGAAGGCAAACAGAAAACUGUCUAUCAGACCCUACCACCAAAACUACUGUGGAAGAAAUACCCUCUCCCUGAGAAUGCAGAGAACAUGUAUUUCUUCUCUUCUCUGGCGUUGACUCUAAAUGAGCUGGAGGACGGUAUAGCCCCUACUGACAGCCGUCUGCGGCCUGACCAGCGGCUGAUGGAGGCUGGAUUGUGGGAUGAAGCGAACACAGAGAAACAGCGUUUGGAGGAGCGUCAGAGACUGGAGAGAAGGAAGAGAGAUGCACAGGCCAACCUCGCACUCGAAGAGGGGAAGGAGGUGGAGACCUACCAGCCCAUCUGGUUUAUGAAAAGGACUGACCUAGAGACAGGUGAGAGCAGCUUCAUGUACAAAGGAGGCUACUGGGAAGCCAAAGACAAACAGGACUGGAGUCAGUGUCCUGCCAUCUUCUAAGGCCUCUCUCCUCCACCAGGACCAGCCUGCCAUUCCAAUAAUCCUUGAAAACUGCUUUCCAAUGUUUUCCCUUUCCAAGGAUCUCAAACAUGCACAGAAUAUACACAUUCUGUCUUCUAAGGCACCCUCGUGUGUAUAAAUAUAUAUCUUACUUUGCUGUUCGCCUGUAUUGAGGCAGGUAAACUCAUAUUGCAUGAACAAAAAAAGCAAAAAGCACAAUAGGUUUAACACUUUAUAAAUGUCCCAGUGACACACACUGAUAAUGUUAAUGAUCUGGGGAAUGUAACACUUCACCAGGCAAAAGAUUCUUCCUCAAGCCUGGUUUGCUUCAGGUCAACUGUAUAAUAUCCACCAUUGUGUGAUAAAAGACGUUCAGCGCACUUAUGAAGCAUUAAGAUUGAGGGCCCUCAAGACUGUGUUCCUCCAUUGAGCUGUAGAAUAGAUAGUAGUUACGCUCCAUGAACAACCUAGAUAGACUCCACAUCAGUAAAUUGAUGUUGCUUCUGCAAAAAAAAAAACUAUUAUCAAGGCUGAUUUAUUCAAUAUUUCAUGUGAGAAUUCUAUUCUAGGUGCCCGUUUAGUUAUUUAGCACAAGCGUUAUGUAAAUGUCAUUGUGUCAGUGAUGAAUUAAGGCUUAACUGAGAUUCUCCAUCUAGAGUCGUGACUAAAUGUUUGCAAACAUGAUAAACUUGCACAUUUAUUGAUUUAUUUUUGGACAGAUGAGCUAUUGCAGGUCAUUCAAAAUGACUCAACUGCAUGCAGCGCAGAUUUGUUGAAUUAUGCAAAUUAGGCAUGCACUUCAACAGAUUUGCUAAUAGAGCAUUUGUCUAACACUGCAUCAGGUCACCUUUUAGGUUGUUCGCGAACCUUUGGCUGUUGCUGUGUUUUUAAUAUCUAGCAUUUUGUGGUGGCAAUACUUUCUUGUUUCAAAUAUUAGCUGCUAAAGUACAUAUAUGCUACAUAUGUCAUUCACGAUGCAAGGAACAGUGGAAUAUUGACCGUAAACUGUAACCAAAAUGAGGGCGAAGGUAAACUCUACUAAACUAUUUGGGCAUUAAAAGCAGUUAGGUAGAGUGUAUAUGAUGGAAUAUUGUAGUACAGUAUGUACAAUGUUAAGGACUGAUUGAACAUGAUGUUUAUUAAUGACUGUGUUUGAGUUUUUCUUAACCAAAGGUAACGUGUUGUGUGAUUGGAACCACAAGCAAUGCAAAAAUGACACUUUCCAAUGUACUCUGUAUUAAUCAACCACUACAAGAUGAGUAUUAGGGUUAGAUCACUUGAUUAUGAUGUUGAAUAUGCUGGAUAUUGCAAUCUAAAGACUUUUAAAAUUCACCAUUCUUGAACUUCA